AUGUCUGGAGCUCAAAAAAGAAAGAAGAAACAGAGGGAAGAAGCAUUAAUUCAAAGUCAAGCUGGAGAUAUUAGUAAGUACUUUACUAGCAAUAAAAAAGCGAAGAGGGAAGCGAAUCAGAAUGACCAUGCCAAUGAACAACAUGAUCAAUCUAUGAAUGAGAAUGAGAAUGAGAAUGAAGAAGCGAUUCAACUUGCCAAUGUGAAUGAAUUAAAUGAUACCGAGGUUGAAGACCCGAAGCAGCUUGAGAAUGAGGAAGUUGAUGUCAAUAUGAUUGAAGAUGUUCAACAUGAAGAUUUAAAUCAAGAGAGCUGCUUUCCUUUGAAUAUUGAUGAUCCAGGAAAUUGGGAUAAAAUUGAUCAAAAUAUUAGGGACUUCUUAGUUGAAAGGGGUCCAAAAAGAGAUGAUGGUGUCGAGUUGUUUCCCAAAGAUAGUUCUGGUAGACAUUUUGAUUCAUCACAUUAUAAGCGGUUGUUGCCAAAUGGGGAGAAAAGUGAUAGAAGAUGGCUAGUAUAUUCUAUUUCUUUAGACAAGAUUUUUUGCUUUUGUUGCAAAUUGUUCAAGACACAAAGAAAUAUGAUUUUAAUUGGCCAAUUGGCUAAUGAAGGAUACAAAGAUUGGCAUAAUUUGUCUCGGAGUCUUAGAAAUCAUGAAGCUAGUAAGGAGCAUAUUAGUUGUAUGACAAGUUGGAUUGAAUUGGAAAGAAGGCUGCAAAAAAAUAAGACAAUUGAUGAAAGCUUGCAAGUAGAAAUCAACAAAGAAAGAGAACAUUGGAGACAAGUGUUAAAGAGGAUAAUCGCUGUGGUGCAAAGACUAGCCAAAAAUAACUUGGCAUUUCGAGGAGAUUGUGAGAAGCUUUAUGUUGAAAACAAUGGCCACUUUUUGCAAAUGAUUGAAAUGAUUGCUGAGUUUGAUCCAAUAAUGGAAGAGCACAUUCGGCGUAGUCAAGCACGUCAGAUUCAUUAUACAUAUCUUGGUCCCAAAAUUCAAAAUGAAUUGAUACAAAUGUUGGCAAAUGACGUGAGAACUUCAAUUGUUACAAAAGUUAAACAAGCAAAAUAUUUUUCAGUCAUACUGGAUUGUACUCCAGAUGCGAGUCACGAGGAGAAAAUGUCUCUUGUGAUAAGAUGCGUGGAUGAUUCAGCAAACUCUGCAGUGGUAGAAGAAUAUUGGAUACAAUUUUUGAAGGUAGAUGACACAUCAGGGCAUGGACUUUUUACCGAGCUUAAAAAUGUGUUAAGCAAUCUUGAACUUGAUAUUGAUGAUAUAAGAGGUCAAGGGUAUGACAACGGAUCUAAUAUGAGAGGGAGACACAAAGGUGUACAGAGCAGGUUACUUGAAAUAAAUCCUAGAGCUUUUUAUACUCCAUGUGGUUGUCAUAGUCUUAAUCUGGCAUUAUGUGAUAUGGCGAAUUGUUGUCCUAAAGCUAUGUCAUUUUUUGGAGUGAUACAACGCAUCUACACAUUGUUCUCUUCUUCUACCAAGCGUUGGAAGAUUUUCAAAGAUCAUGUGGAAGGUUUGACAGUUAAGCCAUUGUCACAAACACGUUGGGAAAGUCAUGUCGAAAGUGUCAAACCUAUAAAAGAGCAGACUUCGCAAAUAAGAGAUGCUUUAGUUGACUUGGCAAAUACUAGUGAAGAUCUGAAAACAAAGAGUGAAGCUGAGUCUUUAGUAACACAUGAACUUGAGAACUUUGAGUUUUUGCUUGGCAUGGUAAUUUGGUAUCAGUUGUUAUAUGCAAUCAACACUGUGAGUAAAUGUCUUCAAGCUGAAAAUAUGGAUAUUGAUGCUGCUCUUAAAGAAUUAAAUGGACUUAUUUUGUUUCUUGAAGAGUAUAGAGAAUCCGGGCUUGAUAUGGCCAUGGAUGAAGCUAAACAAAUGGCAAGUGAAUUGGGAAUUGAAGCUGUAUUCCGCGAAAAACUCAUCAUUCGAAGAAAGAAGCAAUUUGAUGACAGUGGCAGUGAUGAGGUAAUGCAAUCAUCUGAAGAAUCUUUUAGAGUUAAUUACUUCCUCUUUAUAAUUGAUCAAGCCCGUUCUUCACUUCAAACUCGGUUCGAACAAUUUCAAAAAUAUGAAGAAAUUUUUGGGUUUUUGUUUAGUUUGGAGAGGUUAAAGUCUGCUGAUGAUCAUAGUUUAACGAUGUCAUGUGACAAUCUUGAGAAUUCUUUAACACAUAAUGGCCAUUCAGAUAUUGAUGGAUAUGAUUUAUUUUUGGAGUUAAAAAUCUUGAAAUGCUCUUUACCAAGAGAAACAAAAAGAGCAAUUGAUGUGCUGAAUUAUUUGAAGAAGAUGGAUGGUUGUUUUCCGAAUGCUUAUGUUGCUUAUAGAAUCUUGCUGACUAUACCAGUUACAGUUGCAUCUGCAGAGAGAAGCUUCUCCAAGUUGAAGUUAAUCAAGACUUAUCUUCGAUCAACUAUGUCACAAGAAAGAUUGAAUGGAUUGGCUAUGUUAUCAAUUGAGAAAAAAGUGGUUGAAAAACUUGAUUAUGCAAACUUAAUUACUACGUUUGCCUCCAAAACUGCGAGGCGAGUGGUAUUUAAGUAA